AUGACCGUCCAGAAUCUGAGUCCAGGAGAGCUCCUCCACAGCUCCACCACCGCCUAUCUCAUCACCAACACCAUUGGAGAGGGCUGCUUUGGCAAGGUGGUGAAGUGCCAGAAGCUGGAUGACAAGAAGGAGGUGGCCGUGAAGGUGCUGAAGCAGGAUCAGGCUCAGGACAUCAGGAGCGAGCUGAAAGCCUUAAAGAUCAUCGGCUUCCUGAAUCCUGACCUCGAUAACGUGGUCAGAUUCUAUGAGCAUUUCGAGUGCAUGGGGCAGCACUGCAUGGCAUUUGAAAUGAUGGACAUGGAUCUGUUCCAGUGGAUGCAGACACGAAAGUGGGCUCCACUGGAGUUACAUCAAAUCCGUCCAAUCGCCAAGCAGCUCCUGGUGGCCUUGAACGCCCUGCGGCGCGUCGGAAUGCUGCACACCGACAUCAAACCAGACAACAUCAUGCUGGUCAACUCGGUGAGCCAACCUUUAAAGGUGAAGCUCAUCGACUUUGGGCUGGCUGUACCAGCCCACACGGCCAGGGCGGGACAGUGGCUUCAGCCAGUAGGAUACAGGGCUCCAGAGGUUUGGCUUGGCCUGCCAUUCACUGAGGCCAUCGAUAUGUGGGGGGUGGGCCUGGUCCUGGCCUUCCUCUACCUGGCUGCGAACCUGCUUCCCUGUUACUGCGAUUAUCAGUCGACACCAGAAGAAUUCGAGGAGGUGACCAACAUCGAGCCAGAACUGAGGCCUGUCUCCUCCAAGCGGCCCAAGAGCCUGGACGACCUGGUCCAUAUCCGUCCACACAAGGAGGAGUCUGAGCUGGCAGACAGGAAAGAGUUUGUGGAGCUCCUGAGGGGGAUGCUGCAGGUGGAUGGGGAUCAGAGGUUCACCCCUGAUGAAGCUCUGCAGCAAACCUUCGUCACCAUGUCCCACCUGAGGAAGGACCCCGGCUGCAGACAGUACCUCAGCACCUCCAGGCAGAAAAUGAAAGUCUGCUCAGAGGAGGAUCCAGAUGAGGACGAGACCAACCCUGAAUAUCCAGGGAUGUACAAUUUUGCAGAAAUGCGUGCAGCCCUGGAACUGUGUUUGGCCCCAGAGGGAAGUGAAAAACCCGAGGUCAGUGAAGCCCCUGAGGUUAUCAAGGACCCCGAGGUCAGCGAGGACCCCAAGGUCAGCGAGGCCCACAAGGUCAGCGAGGACCCCAAGGUCAGCGAGGCCCACAAGGUCAGCGAGGCCCACAAGGUCAGCGAGGUUCCCGAGGUCAGCGAGGCCCCCACGGUCAGUGAGGCCCCCAAGGUCAGGGAGGCCCCCAUUGUCAGCGAGGACCCCAAGGUCAGCGAGGACCCCAAGGUCAGCGAGGACCCCAAGGUCAGCGAGGACCCCAAGGUCAGCGAGGACCCCGAGAUCUGUGAGGCUCCCGUGGAGAGCUUUUGCACAACGUCCCACCUGAGGAAGGACCCCGGCUGCAGACAGUACACCUCCAGGCAGAAAACUAAAGUCUGCUCAGAGGAGGAUCCGGACGAGUACAAGACCAACUCUGCAUAUCCAGGGAUGUACAAAUUUACAGAAAUGCGUGCAGCCCUGGAACUGUGUUUGGCCCCAGAGAGAAGUGAGAACCCUGAGGUCAGCGAGACUCCCGAGGUCUGCAAGACCCCCAAUGUCAGCGAGGCCCCCAAGGUCAGGGAGGCCCCCGUUGUCAGCGAGGACCCCACGGUCAGCGAGACCCCCAAGGUCAGCGAGACCCCUGAGGUCAGCGAGGACCUCAAGGUCAGCGAGGCCACUGAGAUCUGUGAGGCUCCCGAGGAGAGCUUCACCACAACGUCCCACCUGAGGAAGGACCCCGGCUGCAGACAGUACCUCAGCACCUCCAGGCAGAAAACUAAAGUCUGUUCAGAGGAGGAUCCAGAAGACGACGAGACCGACCCUGCAUAUCCAGGGAUGUACAAAUUUACAGAAAUGUGUGCAGCCCUGGAACUGUGUCUGGCCACAGACAGAAGUGAGAACCCCAAGAUCAGCGAGACCCCCGAGGUCAGCGAGACCCCCAUUGUCAGCGAGGCCCCCAAGGUCAGUGAGGCCCCUAAGGUCAGGGAGGCCUCCAAGGUCAGGGAGGCCCCCGUUGUCAGCAAGGACCCCAAGGUCAGCGAGGCCCCUGAGAUCUGGGAGGCUCCCGAGGAGAGCUUCAUCACCACGUCCCACCUGAGGAAGGACCCCGGCUGCAGACAGUAG